CAGACACGCCUUUUUCUCCAUUUCCUGAAUCCGGCUCACUAAAGCCGACAUGGACGAUUUAAAACACUUCAAAACCUCACACUUGACAGAAAGUUGAGCGCCAUCGUGCUGUUUUGUGAGGACACCCACGAAUUGGCGGCGUGGGCGGAGUCAGGAUGAGUGCCAUGCCGCUGUUGACUGAGACGCUGAUCAAGCAGUCGCAGCAGAAAAAAAAGAUCUCGCCGCUGAACUACAAAGAGAGAGUUUUCGUCCUGACCAAGAGCCAACUGAUCUACUACAAUGGAAAAAUCAAGGAAAACUGCAUAAAGGGCAACGUUGAGCUUAGCCGCAUCAAAUGUGUUGAGACUGUCAAAAAUGAAGAUGGAAUCAUCCCCUGCCAGAAUAAAUAUCCAUUCCAGGUGGUGUAUGACACAUACACUCUGUACGUGUUCACUCCCAGCGAGAGCAGCCGGAGUCUGUGGGUCAAGACCCUCAAAGAGAAGAUCAAAAACAACUCCACCAUCAUGCCAAAGUUCCACCCAAAGUUCUGGCUGGAGGGGGCGUGGCUCUGCUGUCGCCAGGUGGAUAAACUGGCUCCCGGCUGUGAGGAGUACAAUCUUUUCGGAGAGAGUUCUAAAAAAGCUAUACUCCCAGUUCCUAGACAGGAGCGUUCAGACAGGAAGCGGCGGACGCCUCCUCCCCUCCCGCCGGCUCCGGAGCGAGAAGAGGGUCGUGACCUUAAGGAGGAGGUGGUGGUGGCGUUGUACAAUUUCCAGGGAACAGAACCCCAUGAUCUGGGUUUGGUCAAAGGAGAUGAGUAUGUCAUUCUGGAGAAAUGUGACGUCAACUGGUACAAGGCGCGCGACAAGCACGGCAUGGAAGGCUACAUCCCAAGUAACUACGUAACGGAGAAGAAAUCCGGGAACCUAGUGCACUUUGUUUGGUACAGUAAAAAUAUCAACAGGAACAAGGCAGAAGAGCUGCUGAGGAAAGAGCACAAAGAAGGAGCCUUCAUUGUCAGAGAUUCCAGCAUUCCAGGAACCUACACGGUCUCCGUCUAUGCAAAGUCCGCUGCAGGGGAAGGAGUUUCUGGUAUAAAACAUUACCACAUCAAGCAGACGCGAGGCUUGCGCAGCCAGUUUUACCUGGCUGAGAAACACCUGUUCAGUUCAAUCCCAGACCUCAUCGAGUACCACAAACACAAUGCAGCAGGUCUUGCAACCAGGUUAAGAUACCCUGUGGGACAACAGGACACGUUUGCCCCAUCCACUGCCGGAUUUAGCUAUGAGAAGUGGGAGAUCAACCCCAGCGAGCUGACCUUCAUGAAGGAGCUGGGCAGUGGUCAGUUUGGUCUGGUGAGACUCGGCAAGUGGAGGGGUCAACACAAAGUGGCCAUUAAAGCCAUCAGAGAGGGAGCCAUGUAUGAGGAGGACUUCAUUGAGGAAGCCAAGGUCAUGAUGAAACUCUCCCACCCCAAACUGGUUCAGCUGUAUGGCGUGUGCAGCCAGCAGCGGCCCAUUUACAUCGUGACUGAGUUCAUGGAGCUCGGCUGCCUGGUGAACUUCCUUAGGCAAAGGCGGGGUAAAUUCAACGUGGGGUCCCUGCUGAGUAUCUGCCUGGAUGUCAGUGAGGGGAUGGAGUACUUGGAGAGCAACGGCUUCAUCCACAGAGAUCUGGCUGCAAGAAACUGUCUGGUGAAUGAAUCUCUGGUCAUCAAAAUCUCUGAUUUCGGCAUGGCCAGAUAUGUGUUAGAUGACCAGUACACAAGUUCAUCAGGUUCCAAGUUCCCGGUGAAGUGGUCACCUCCAGAAGUCUUUAACUUCUGCAGAUACAGCAGCAAAUCAGACAUCUGGUCGUACGGUGUAUUGAUGUGGGAGGUUUUCACGGAGGGUCGGAUGCCGUUUGAACAUAAUCAGAACUUUGAAGUUGUUAGUUUGGUAACCAAAGGUCAGCGACUCUACAGGCCCAAAAUGGCCCCACCCUGCAUCUAUGACAUCAUGAAUCUCUGCUGGCAGGAGAGACCAGAGGAGCGCCCAUCAUUCUCUCAACUCUGUUUGACGUUCUCAAAUAUGCUGGAGGCUGAUACGCCGCCUUCCAACUGAUCAACUAUCCAAUCUGACGCUCCCACAGUCCAAGAGGUGGUUAAAGUUUGAUGUUCUUCUGGUGUUGCGGUAGUUGUUGCUGAAGAUAAAAGCACAAGUAUCAAGAUGACAACAACGAGAACAACGUAAUGCAAUCGCCUGGAACUGAUCAAGGAGGUGGCAGUGUCAGACCAGACCGCUGAAGACUACUCAUGGACCAAUCACAUCUGUUAAUAUUUUUAAAUGAUGUCAGAGUUCCUGGCGUGUGUUCGGCCACAAGAGCUUGUAAAUGUGAGAAGAUCGUGUGCUGGUUUCAGGUGGAAGCCACAAAACAGAAACUGCAAACACAGAUACAGCAACAACCCAGAUAAUAC